AUGAACUUCACAGAAGCUAUGAACGUUGUACACAACAGAAUCCAUCAACUUGAGCCAGAGAAUGCAUCGAAGAUCAUCGGUUAUCUCUUGUUGAUGCAAGACCACAACGAUCGUGACAUGAUCCGUCUCGCAUUCUGUCCAGAUUCGGUGAUGCUUUCCAUGAUCAACUGUGUUACAUAUGAAUUGGCUAAAAACUCUCAUUACAACAUUCCUUCUUCUCAUCACAUUCAAAUCCGUAAAUUCGGGUCAUUCACCGGUUCACCAAACCAGUCUCUUUUGGUUUCUGUCUCUCCUCCUUCGGUUCUGUCCAUGGGAACAAGUUUUUGGGAGACUACGAACGAAAUGGAUUCAUCAUUGCAAAACAAUGUUCAGUUCUUGAAUUUUGAGGAUUCUUGUCCUGAAUUCUCAACUAGUUUCUUCUCUCAGGAGAAACAAGGUUUGUCUUCAAGAACGAGUCGCAGAUCGCCUAGUUUACCGGAGUUUCCUGUCAAAAUCUGCCAUUACUUCAACAAAGGGUUCUGCAAGCAUGGCAACAACUGUAGGUACUUCCAUGGACAUAUCAAACCGGAUAGAGAUAGUUUUGCUCAGAUGUUUAAUCCAAACAACAACUUAAGCGACGAUGAGCAUGUUGUUUCCUCUUGUUCUCUUGAGAAGCUAGAAGGAGAGAUCAUUGAGCUGCUCAAAUCAAGAAGAGGUGCUCCGAUUUCCAUAGCUUCAUUGCCGAUGAUGUACUAUGAGAAGUACGGUAAGACCCUUCAAGCUGAAGGAUAUCUCACAGAGUCACAAAGACAUGGCAAAGCUGGCUAUAGCCUCACCAAGCUUCUCGCUCGAUUAAAGAACUCCAUCCGCCUCAUCGACAGGCCUCAUGGGCAACAUUCAGUUAUACUAGCACAAGAUGUAUCAAAGUUUGUUGAAUACAAGGGAGAGAGACACGAACAGGGAGCGAUUCUUGCUGGUUCAAGACAGAUUUACUUAACAUUUCCGGCAGAGAGUAGUUUCAAUGAAUAUGAUGUUUCAAACUACUUCUCCAAAUUUGGACCAGUGGAAGAUGUGAGGAUUCCUUGUCAGCAAAAGAGAAUGUUUGGAUUUGUAACUUUUGCUUACACCGAAACAGUCAAACACAUUCUUGCUAAAGGAAAUCCUCAUUUCAUAUGUGGAGCUCGUGUUCUCGUCAAGCCAUAUCGGGAAAAAUCACGCUCCGGUGGAUACAUUGACAAUAACAAGCCUCUACACGACAUCCGGUGUUGCUCUCAAUACAUUGACAAAGACACAGAGAUGAACACAAUGCCAAUGCGGGUUAGUGAUAGCUCAAGACUAAUGAAAAAGCAAUUUCUUGAGGAACACAUGCAAUCAGUUUCUAGGUCCUUACCUAGUGAUUACUCUUACCUCGGUUUCUCUUCCAAUGAUUUCAAGCUAACAACAGAUGAGGAGGAACAAGAAGAACAAGCGGGACGGUUGAGCUAUCUUCUGGAUUAUCUAAACACCGAAGAUAACGUCAUGGACACAAGCACUACCUACAAUGACAAUGAUAGGAGGAUGCACUGUGAAUCUUUAGACAGCCAAGCCUUAGAUCUACCAGAUAGUCCAUUUUCUUCCCUUUUUGGGAAGGAAAUUUCUCUGGCUACAUAG